UAAGCCCAGGGCCCCAUGGAGCUGCGGGCCGGCAACGCCAGCUGUGAGAACGGUUCCCUGAUCAGUCUCUACUGCUCCUCCCAAGAAGUCCUGUGUCAGAUCGUUGGUGGCCUCAGCCAUGAGGUGCCCAACAAUGCCACCUUUGACAGCUGGCAGGAGAGGAUCAGAAAGAACUAUGGCUUCUACAUUGGCCUGGGCCUGACCUUUGUGUCCAGCUUCCUCAUCGGCAGCAGUGUCAUCCUCAAGAAGAAAGGCCUCCUGCGACUUGUGGCCACAGGGGCCACUCGGGCUGUGGACGGGGGCUAUGGCUACCUGAAGGACUUGAUGUGGUGGGCUGGAUUUCUCACCAUGGCUGCUGGAGAAGUUGCCAACUUUGGGGCCUAUGCAUUUGCACCUACAACAGUUGUCACACCCCUGGGAGCCCUGAGCGUCCUCAUAAGUGCCAUCCUCUCCUCGUAUUUCCUGGGAGAGCGUCUGAACCUGCUGGGGAAGCUGGGCUGUGUGAUCUGUGUGGCUGGCAGCACAGUGAUGGUGAUACACGCCCCUGAGGAAGAGAAGGUCAAUACCGUGGUGGAGAUGGCUUCCAAGCUGAAAGACACAGGGUUCAUCGUGUUUGCUGUGCUUAUGCUGGUGUCCUGCCUCAUCCUCAUCUUCAUCGUCGCCCCGCGUUAUGGGCAAAGGAACAUCCUCAUCUACAUCACCAUCUGCUCCGUGAUCGGAGCCUUCUCAGUGACUGCAGUCAAGGGUCUGGGCAUCACCGUUAAGAACUUCUUCCAGGGGUUGCCAGUCGUACGGCACCCCCUCCCCUACAUCCUGUCCCUCGUCCUGGCUCUCUCCCUCAGCACUCAGGUCAACUUCCUCAACAGGGCCCUGGACAUCUUCAACACCUCCCUGGUGUUCCCCAUCUACUACGUGUUCUUCACCACGGUGGUGGUGACCUCCUCUGUCAUCCUCUUCAAGGAGUGGUACAGCAUGUCUGCCGUGGACAUCGUGGGCACCCUCUCUGGCUUUGCCACCAUCAUCUUGGGUGUAUUCAUGCUCCAUGCUUUCAAAGACUUGGAAGUCAGCUGGGCCAAUUUGCCCCGCACGCACAGAAACCCUCCGCCAUCGCCCGCCCCAGAGCCCACGGUUAUUAGACUGGAAGAUAAGAAUGUCCUUGUGGACAAUAUAGAGCUUGCCAGCACUCCGUCACCAGUGGAGAAGCCCAAAGUAUUUAUAAUCCAUUCUUAAAGCUCAGAAUACAUGAGUGAGAGGAUGAGCCCAAUGGUGCAAC